AUGGCGGCCCACUUCUCAGGAAGCGAGGUCAAGUGCGUCAGCGUCGAGUGGGACUUCCUGCAGGGACUGCUGGUCAAAGCCCCGCCUGUGCCCUGCCUGCAGGCCUUGAGGAAGGAGAAGUCCCGGAAUGCGGCCCGCUCCCGCCGGGGCAAAGAAAACUUCGAAUUUUAUGAGCUGGCGAAGACGCUGCCCCUGCCCAGCGCCAUCACGAGCCAGCUGGACAAGGCGUCCAUUGUGAGGCUUAGCAUCACCUACCUCCGCCUGCGGGAUUUCGCUUCCCUCGGGGACCCUCCCUGGAGUCCCCCCAGAGCCGACCCGCCGCCAGCGCCAGUCUCUGGUGCCCCUGGACGGAGAGAGACCUCUGCCCUAUUUGCUGACCUCUUUGAACAGCAUUUGGGAGGCCACAUUCUUCAGUCGCUGGACGGGUUCGUGUUCGCCUUGAACCAGGAGGGCAAGUUUCUCUACAUCUCAGAGACAGUUUCCAUCUAUCUGGGCCUCUCUCAGGUGGAGCUGACUGGCAGCAGCGUGUUUGACUACGUGCAUCCAGGGGACCACUCCGAGGUGCUGGAGCAGCUUGGGCUGAGGGCUCCACCCCCUGGGCCUGGGGCACCACCUUUUGGCCCCUCCUCCUCCUCCUCUUCAUCUUCUUCAUCCUCAGCUUCCUCAAUCUCGGAAGCCCCAGAGACUGAUGAGGAAACUGAAGCUCAGACAGAAAAAGGGACUGGCUCAAGGUCACCCAGCAGAGCCAGGAUGGGAGCCCAGCUCCUCUGCCUUCACACCCAGCACUCUUUCCACUCCAAACCAUUGUCCUUCCCUCUUGUAAAGCAUCCCACCUCAGAGCUGGCCCCCCCUGUGAUUGCUCCUCGAAAUCAACCUGGCUCCCUUGAACGUUCCUUCUUCAUCCGAAUGAAAUCCACACUCACCAAGCGGGGGUUGCAUGUCAAAGCUUCGGGAUACAAGGUAAUUCACGUGACUGGUCGGCUUAGGACUCAGCUAUUGACAGCCCGACGAGGCCAAGCAUUGGGUCUUGUCGCCUUAGGGCACACCUUGCCCCCAGCCCCCCUCAGUGAACUCCCCCUGCACGGCCACACACUUGUCUUUCGCCUCAGCCUGGCCUUGACCAUCAUCUCCUGUGAGAGCAGGAUUAGUGACUACAUGGAUGUGGGCCCCUCAGAGCUGAUUGGACGAAGUUGCUACCAGUAUAUCCACGGGGAGGACGCGGCUGGAAUCCGCCAGAGCCACCUGGACUUGCUGGACAAAGGGCAGGUGGUGACAGGCUAUUACCGAUGGCUGCAGAGGGCUGGAGGCUUCAUCUGGCUCCAGUCCGUGGCCACGGUGGCCAUCAGUGGCAAGAGCCCAGGCGAGCGCCACGUGGUCUGGGUCAGCUACAUACUCAGUCAAGUGGAAAGCAGCCACAUGGCCCUGGAUGCUCUCCAGCUCCCCAGUACCACCCCCCAAGAGGACCUGUCAGAUCCAGAACCUGACAUCAAAGAGUCCAAGGCCCAGGUGGAGGGUGAGCAAGGAGCCUCCCAACCUGAGUCUGGGGCCCGUCAUGCCCGAGGCAAACGCAUCAAACUGGAACCAGCCAGAGGAAGCGGCAGCCAAGGAGAGACCACCGGCGGAGAAGGUGGUGAGGACAGUGAUGAUGGGGAGUCCAGACACCCAGUUCCCCGGCCUGAAUUCACCUCUGUCAUCCGGGCAGGGAGCUUGAAGCGGGAGACCAUGAGGCCGUGGAGCUACGCGGCCUCCUACGUAGCCGGGGAGCCCUUCCACAGACCCCCUUCACCUCCCGAUUCCCCAUCUCCACCCACUCUGGUCCAUGCUGGUUACCUAGCCCCCACUAGGGGCCUAUAUACCAGCACCAUCCGAUAUGGGCCAGCAGAGCUGGGCCUGGCACUCCCCACCCCCGGGCUGGUUUAUCAGCACCUCCAGAGGCUCACCGGCCCGGGGUCAACCUUUCCUGAUGCCCUCUACCCCAGUGUACCCUUCCUGGGACCAGACAGGAAAGGGGACUGAGUGAGGGGGCUUAGCUGGGACUGUGGACAAGUGGGAUGGAGCUGCUCCAAGGUCCAGCGUGGGCUCCCCUCCCCAGGAGUCAGGCACAGGAGACCCCUGAAGGGUAGCCACUGGCCCCAUGUCACAGCUGGACACGGCUGGAGGCUGAGCCCACUCCCCUCUCCCGGACAGGGCUGGGCUUGGGGGGAGAAUUAAACGGCAUUCCUCAGCGCUCGCUUCCUGCCCUGCUUGUCGCCUCCAUUCGGCUGAACUGGGGGUGGUUCGGAGGAGGCUGUGAGCCAGGGUUUCCAGGGGAAGGAGCAGCUAGUGGGGAGACCUGGGCUCGAAUUCCCAACUGCUUCGUAAAACCUGGGACUUUGGGGCAAAUCCGUCCCAGAAUUCUCUGGUCUGUUUCUUCUGUUCUGAUUGGGCUAAAUGACCUCCCGGGCUCUGUCGGGUCCUAAAUGGACGAAUCUUUGACCCAGGUGUCCGGGUCGAAGUUUCCCAAAGCAGAAGUUGAGACGUCAUCUGUGAGAUGAAGAAAAUGAAGGCCGGAGAGGGGAGUGAAAGCAGCACCCUGGCAGAGGGGAGGCAGGGAGCCGGCCACCAAGGCCUCGACGGCCUGGCUGCAGAUCCCUCAUUUAGUACCCGCGUGCCCUUGCCAAGUCGCUGAACCACUGGGGCCCUCCCAGACUCCUCCUGUGUAAAAAGGGGAGGGGUGGGGACACCAGAGGGAAUUGUGGGGUCGGACCGGGACAUAGGGACCCCCUGUCCAGCAUUGGGGUACUCAGAGCUCUGGGGGGGUGGGGGUGGGCAGAAGGCCUGCUGGGGCUCAGACUCGGGGCAUAGCUG